AUGCUGUGGAGGAGUCGUUUAACGUCUUUAUACCCCUCAGUUUAUCGAGCUACUCAAUACUACGAAGAACAAGAGCGCCUUUGGCUUGAUCGCUCGCAUAGCAUUGUCUGCAUGCCUGCGUUCAAACAUGUCUCCUGUCUCAUCAUCUCUCCGGCGGCGAAUAUGAAGUUGUUGUCGAUGCGCGAUUUGCAUGGACUACAGAGUUUUAUGUGUGAGUUGGAGAGGCGCAGUGAUGUAGGUACUUCGUCGACUGACCAACUCCUCAAAUCUGCCCUACGUCUACCCGUAAUGAAACUGCAGGACUUAACAGAAGUGGUAGUUGAGUCCUCGUUUCUGUGGUCUUGCGUAGGAUCACAUAAUCUCAAUAUGGUACCGUACUCCAACACGUUACUUAUAAAAGACAAUAAAAAAAAGAUCAGGAAAGCCAACGCAAUUGUAUAUUUUGUGGACUAUCAACGGUGCAUGGAUAUGAAAAAUGUUUCGACCACACUGAAGAUGAUCGGAAGGAGUUUAUUAACCAAUCAAACAUUGGUUGUGGUGGUUGCAGUAAAAGUGAGAGGUAGCAGGGCACGAGCAAUGGAACAACUCUGCGACUUCUAUCGCAGACUUGAUGACUCUGAAAACUCCCCAUUGUCGGCCAUUUUUACGAAUUGGCGACUGUGGGGCCUCUACGAGGACGCAAGUGGCUGCACAAAUUGGGCAGAUAUAAUUGAAUGGGCCUGUUUAGACACAAUUUGGAAGCGACACAAGUUCCUCGGAAACGAUGAGCGUUACCACAAUGUGGGCGACUGUUCAUCUAAAUCUCCGCCUUGGUAA